AUGUCAUCGUAUGGGCAUUCGAGUGUGUACUCAAGCACACCACCAGCCGAGGUCGAGCAUCCUCGGGCCACCAGCUCGCUCUCGAACCAUAGGCCAACGUCAUCCCGGGGCGCGCUGGGCAGCCCCGCCGGGCGCCCGUUAGUCCAAGAACCGAGAACAGUCCCUCUACGGCAGAAUGUCUCACCAGCUCGCGCCUUCAGUCGUGUUGUCCCUACCUCUCCCAAAACGGCUUAUCGCGAGAGUCCUCAACGACGGAUAGAGAAGGAGGAAGCAAAGUCGUUGCGGGAUGCGUUACAAGAGAUGGACCUACACGAUGACAUCGAGCUCCACGAAGCUGCUCAAGAUGAGGCUACUGAGCUGGUGUGGAUGCAUCAAAACCCCGGUGUGCCUUAUAAGAACCCAUAUGCACCGUACCAUAACCCCGACUUGGAUGCGGUCCGGAAAAGUCCAGAUAGGAAUAGUUACUCUUCACAUGGUGAGAGGCUGGGCUCCCCAACUCCACGGCGGGGCAGCCGCCGUCUUGCGUACCAGGGAUCAACCGUGAGCUACAACGGUACUAGCGGCUCCCGAGGGUCGGGUGAAAAGACGGCGCAUGAACAACAACCUAUCUUAGAAGAGGAGAUUCCGAGCCCUAAGAAGAAUGGAACACUACGGAAAAACCUGAAGGUCAACUUUGCGUUGCCGCGGGAAGAAGACACAACCCAGCAUACGAGCACCAGCCAUGGGUUGGGUUUGGCGAAUGUCGGUAGGGACUCAUCUAAGGGUAUCUUCAGAAACCCGAACGACCAAAUAUACGAGGAGCCUCAAUUGUCUCCUCGGAAGGACGAGGAUACCCGUCCCGAUUUCUCAAGGUCAGACUCGUCAGCUUUGAAGAAUAAGCCACGAAACGCUCUUCCUCGCGGGUCACGUCCGCUUCCUGGUCGGUUUAGCGGCCUUUCCUUUGUUGACAAGCUGUCUCGCUUUGAAAUCCAUAAGAAUCCCCCAACCCAAUCAAGAAACCCCGAGUAUAGAAUGAACGACCCGCUCUCGCAACCCUCCGCGCCAACCUCCGGGUUAGAGGAGCAGGAGAUCUAUAUGAAAGAUGGACUGGAGAUCCGCAGCGACGAUAUUCGAGCAGCUACUAGCAAGAAACUGAGAGAUCGGAGCACUCGGCUGCCUAUGCCAACUGCCGUGAGUGAUCGUGCCGGCCGACCGAUCGUGAGUUUCGAUCCUUCUUGGAAGCCAACUGAGGCGCAGAAUCCGCGUAACCAGGACGGUUUGAAAGGGUGGGACGCAACCCCUAUGGCGCCUUCUCCGGAGCCUGCUGCACCGACGAUUGAAGUAUCUGAGGCGCCAUCUAUUCCGGUUAUCAAUUUGCCAGAUAACAAGGAGCCUACUAUCUCUGAGAUGGCCGGUCCAUCCCAGAGCCCAGCGACUAGCGCGAAAUCAUCGUCAAAUUCAUCGAGAAAUAACAACCCCCCCAGCCGAUCUCCGAAGAAGCCCACAACAGGACUGCAGAGUCGCUGGUUGUCCACCUACGCCCGCUCCGGUGUUCCCACCGCGACGUGUGAGGCUUGCUCUCUGCCAAUUGCAGGUAAGAUUGUGACCGCUGCUGGGGCGCGAUUCCACCCCGAGUGUUUCGUGUGUCACCAGUGCCAGACUGCCCUGGAGUGUGUUGCAUUCUAUGAGGAACCCGAGGCAAGUCGUAAGGAGCGGCUCGCGGAAGCUCCUGCCGAUGAUGAAGAGGCUCAUGCGCCGAGGUUCUACUGUCACCUUGACUUCCAUGAGUCAUUCAGCCCAAGGUGCAAGAGCUGCAAGACCCCAAUAGAAGGAGAAGUGGUAGUUGCCUGUGGAGCUGAGUGGCACGUUGGGCACUUCUUCUGUGCCGAAUGUGGUGAUCCUUUCAAUGCGGAAACGCCGUUUGUAGAAAAGGAUGGUUUUGCAUGGUGCUUGCACUGCCACUCUCGUCGCACAGCUCCUCGGUGUAUUGGAUGCAAGAAGCCUGUGCUGGACGAUGUCGUGAUAAGCGCAAUUGGGGGGCAGUGGCAUGAUCAGUGCUUUGUCUGCCACGAAUGCGGCGAUGGAUUCGGCCCCGACGGUCGAUACUUCGUUCGCGAAGGCGAGCCUAAAAGAACAGCCAAGGGACGUAUCAUUGGCGGGCCAGUCCAGCUGGCUGUUUGUGAGAGAUGUGAGGGAAUCCGGUUGAAGGCGUCGCCAUAA